AGUCAUUUCAUACUUGGAAGAAUCUGAUUCCCUCUCCUCCCCAUCUCCAGUUACUACUCCAACCCCCAUAAUAAAAAGAAAAAAGAUUCAACCGAUUACGACACAGACAGGCAAAGAUCUGCUAACAGCAAGCAAGAAAAUAAGAAAAUCAUGCUCCAGGCAUUGUGAAGCAACAAGCCUCCUCGGUCAAGCUUGUUAAAUGGAAGAAGGUGCAUCGAUUGGGAGAAGAUGGGAGGAAAUGGAUAUCGACAUAUUGGUGAGGAUAUUUCAGUCUUUUGACAUAUUUGAGUUGACUUCUGGUAUUGCUCAAGUUUGUAGCACAUGGCGUUUGGCUGCUUGUGAUCCCCUGCUGUGGAGAACUCUUGACUUAUCGAUGUUGAAGUCUAACUUCAUCAAAAUCCCAUUAGAACCAUAUGUUUAUGUGGAUGGCCGGUCUGAUAAGACGUUAACAAAAGUGUUGAAGAUCGCUUUGAAUCUAAGCAGGGGAAAUAUACAAAAGCUAAUUUUCCAUUUUAAUCUGUACGUCAGCGAUGAUCAGUUGACUUACACUGCAGAAAGGUGCCCACGGCUAAAACGACUUGUAAUGCCAGCUUGGAACCGAAUAAAGAAAACUGGAAUAUGCAGGGCUAUCCGCAUGUGGGAAGAUCUCGAGUCCCUCACAAUGCCAAGCAUAGCAAAUCCGCCAUACCUCAUGGAAGAGAUUUCAAGAAACUGCAAGAACUUUUCCGAACUCAAAAUCAUGGGCCCUUGUGACACCUCCUUUGCAUCCACAUUAGUUGCAUGUCUCCCGACCUUAAAGGUUCUAAGCCUCCGUUGCUCAACCAUAUUGAAAGAUGCCCUCAUCAUUAUCUUGGAUGAGUUACCGAAUUUAGAAGUGCUAAAUAUAUCUCACUGUCUCCUUAUCGAAGUCCCUCCGUCUCCUGCACCAAAAAAAGUGCUCAAGGAAAUCGACGAGUCUAUUCUGGAGAAGGCUUCUAGGUUGCGCGAAUUUUUGACUUGCAUGGAUAACUCGUGUGUUAUGUGCCAGAGAGCUAGAAGUGAUGAAGGGCUGAUGAGGUGGUACAAGUAUGAAGAAGGGUUGUGGAAAACAGAUGAGGUAAGAUCGCUUGCGCUUUAACUCAUGCACCCCCAGGUGUUUUUCAGCCAGCUAAUUUACCCUUUUUAGCUUGGAGUGAUUUUAGUAAAUUAUGUGCAAAGGAACAGGAAUAAAACUUUGGUCGAGUGGAUGUAGCAGUAGGUUUUGUGUUAAGUAUAUCCUCCUUAUGAGCGGCUGGCCGUGGCGGAGGCUUAACCGGCUGGCGAGGUUUUAUGUCCGUAUUGUUGUUGUACAUAUGGUGAUUUUUUUCUUUCAGUGUUGUUAUAAGUCAUUGACAUUGCUUUUGCUUUCUGGUGUCUAUGAUGACCUUUUAUAGGUAUUCCCUAAGCUAACUGAUUUAUUUUGUCAA